AUGUCGCAAAAACCCCGAAAGCUCCAACGCGUCUCCAAAGCCUCCCGCGGCUCACGCGCAUCAGGCGACUUCUGCAACAGGCGCAGCAUCAAAUGCGGCAGAAGUGAAGACACGCAAGGCAGGUGUCAGAAUUGCGCGGAUUUUGACGUCCCGUGCACCUUCGAUCGCCCCGCAAAGCGUCGGGGCGUCAAGGCUGGCACCAGGGCGCCUCCCCGCGAGACCCCGUUGGUCCAAACCCCCGUCUCCGAGAAUGUCCUUCCUGUGCCGCUUGCUGCGCCGGCCACAGGGAGGACUUCCAAUUCCUCCGCCUCGAGGAGCUCGUACUACCCCGAGUCGGUCCAUCGGCCAUCCUUGACGGGAGAUCCGUGGUCGUCCUUCCACGCUGGCGGGGUCUCGCCGGAGGCGUAUGAUGAUGACGCCGCGCUGCGCACCUCAUGGAACGCAUUCGCGAUAUCGUGUGAUCGCCAAAUUCGCACUCUCGUCCAUGUAUAUUUCGAGAUCGUCUACCCCAUAUUCCCUCUCUUCCACAAACAAUCCUUUAUCGAAAGGGUGCACAACCAGGAGCAUCUCCGGAAUCCUGGACUCUUUGCAUCAACAAUGGCCGUCUGUGCGCUAGUCUCGGGUCGUGCCCGGGAUGGGGCUUUGUUCACAACUAGAUGGCGUCGCGAGGAGCUUACGGAACCCCCCUCGGAGACAUUCUACACGGCAGCGAAAGACUCUAUUCCCCGAGACCUGGGGGCGGCAAAGGGUAUAAACUACAUGCGGGCUUGCGCCAUCCUUGCCAUCGCCAGUAUCCAAAAUGGCCAGCCCAAGAACAUGCAGAAGUUUUCGGGUAUGUAUCAUACGCUUACUACGAUGGAGGGACUGCAUGAUGAAAAGCUGUGGCCGAAACAUCUAAAUCCAAUUGAAAUUGAAGAGCGACGGCGACUGUUUUGGUCGAUUUAUACAUUAGACAUAUAUUCCACCAUUGUGUGGGGAGGUGUGAUUCGAUAUCGCGAAGCACAUUCUCUAGUACGAUAUCCCAGCGAGGUUGACGACGAGUACAUCACACCCCACGGCUACGGACUUCCGCCUGUUUCCCCAGCGUCGAGUGUGCUCAGCCCCGGCGAUGUGACUAAAGUUUCGAAUGAACCUGUUGCAUGGCUUCGAGGGUGGAAUUUCACCACGGAUCUCUAUCGCAUACUUGAGCACGUUGUCGAUGGGAAUAAACGUCGGUACUCAUCGGCCAAUGGCACCUCACAGGUGUGGUCUCUGUUCACUCCAGCUUCUAUGUCAGAGCCGGCAGUGAUGGAACGAGUACUCUCUAUGUAUGCUGCAUUGCCCCUGCAGUUUAAGGAGACCCCGCCUACCACCGGUGACAUGGCCAAGGAUCUGUUCGGAUUCCAAUCCGCCAAUAUUCAGGCAACAUUACAACUCCUCCGCAUGAUGCUGUUGUCAGCAGAAGAACUCGGAGUGGACCGCAAGUGCGACGUGGCUCGAGAAUUGCUCAGUGUUUUUAGUAACGUGCCGGUGGAGUAUUUGAAGGCCAUUAGUUCCCCUCUGCUUCAUCACCUUGGCGGAAUUGGUUAUAUCCUCGGCUCUGUCAUGGAAGGAAGCUUAUCAGAAGCAUCUUACCAACGCGUUCGCACAUUACUUCUCGAAAUGGCCGACCUCCUGGGCCGCCUUGAAACAGGGCUCCAGCGAGCCUCGGGCGCCAGCGAACGUCUCCGUUCCCAAGUCGACCGAAUAGACGGGUACAUCCGAACAUCCCGACUCUUGAAUCUCGCCGCCGAUCGAUCCCAUCCGUACCCCAAUACCGCGCCCGUCGACGCUAAGCCCGAAAUCCGCAUGCCGCCCGCGACCACCUAUAUCCCUCCCAGUGGUCCUCCGAGCGGUCUGCACAGUGGGCCGAGUCCAGUUGUGGGGCCUCCAGUCGGUGAGCAGAUCAUGCAGUUCCAGUUACCGCCGGAGUUGCUGUCGGAUUGGCCGUGGCCUUUGGACGGGGCUCAUCCGGAGGGAUUUUUGCCAUUGGCGUAUGAAUAA